UGCUCAGGACCAGAGCGACGCCUCGACGGGGCUCAGAGCAGCAGCUGCAGCCGACCGGUGAGAUGUGCUGCUCGUUGCUGCCCCUGCUGGUCGCUCUCAGUCCUGCGCUGCUGCUUCUGCUGCAGCGGCCCGACGUCGCAGACGGACACUGGGAGGACUACAAAUAUGGCCGCCAAGGCGCCGAGCACCACUGCACCUGGAAGUGCGUCCUGUUCACGCUGCAGUGGCCCGGAGGCUUCUGUCAGUCUCUGAACAACGAGAGUCUCUGCAGGAUUCCUCAGAACGUCAACAACUGGACCAUCCACGGCCUGUGGCCUCUCAAGUCUAAGGACUGCUGCGACUGCUGGCCCAUGUUCCACUCAGACGUCCAGGAGCUGGAGGCGGAGCUGACUGAACACUGGCCGUCCCUCCUGAAGACCAAGUCCAGCUUCCAGUUCUGGAGAGAAGAAUGGAGGAAACAUGGAGCGUGUGCAGCCUGUGUGGAAGGACUGAACUCUCCGCUGAGAUAUUUCCAGAUCUGCCUCAAGCUGAGACACCAGUUCGACAUCCACCGGUUGCUGGAUGACGCUGGAAUCACUCCGUCCUGUGAUCGACCCUACAAGGUUGAGGAGGUUCACGGCGUUCUGGCUCCACAUCUGGGCGACAAGCUGGAGAUCCAGUGCGUCACCGACGACAAGGGCCAACAGGUGUGGUUCCAGGUGAAGAUCGGUCUGUCUCGCAACCUGACCGUCGGCUGCGAUCACCACGGCGACGCAGCAGCCGGGCCCGGCCCAGGAUGGUACCCGUCUCCUGGGCACCCCUGUCCUCCAGGUGACCCCUUCUACUACCUGCCCAUCGACCACGAGCAGCCGCUGAGGCCCUGCGGCUAACGGAGGCGCCGUCCGGACCUUCAGACCAGCUUCAGGACGUUUAAAACAGACACGUACACAAACGUCGACUGGUUCACAGUUUAUUGACAUGUUACACGUUUGUUUCUUUUUAAACCUUCCUGCACCCAGAAAAGUACUGACAGGACAUUGAAAAGCACUAAAACCAGAUUCAGACCACUAGAAGAAAAAUAAAGCUAACAGAAGGUAUAAAAUAAAUGAAGAGACGUCCACACAGAGUCUGCCGUGUUCCUGCUCCGCCUGCCGGUGGGAGUUCAUACGCUGGACGUGGCCGGUUUUGGCUCCUAAAGUAAUAAAAACCAGAUUAACGAAA